UUCACGACCCAGCAAACGAAUACUAUUACAGGCAAACAUAUCCUUCUUGCUUGUACACUUCUCAUUUCCAGACCACUGGUCAUAUUAUAUACAUAUCCCCAAGACAUACCGACCCGUGUCGCACACUUUCAACUUUCACCAUGGUGCGACUGCUCUCCGGUCUCGCAUACCUUGCUCUCGCCACAAACACCAUCUCAGCCGCUUCAUUACCAGACAGCAAUGACGCGCUCUCAGCCAACAUCUUGCCCAACCACGCGCCCCGCGCUGCUGAAGUCGUAGCUCCCGAGCACACGCUCGAGCGUCGCAAAGGCGGAGGCGGUCGUGGCGGCGGUAGCAGCGGUGGCGGCUCAUCAUCAGGAGGUGGCCGUUCAGGCGGAGGUAGCAGCUCAUCAGGACGCACAUCCGGCAGCUCGAUGGCCGGCGGCCGCACAAGCACCGGCUCAGGACCCAAGCCCGCAUACGGUCGCGGCGCAUACUACGGCGGCGGAGCAGCAGUUCCGUACUCAGCUGGUUCGCGCACACCCAAGGGUCUGAUCGCCGCGCCCCUACUCGUUGGCGGUGCAGCGCUGGCCAUCAUGCCCGGUCUAUGGCUAUACAGCGUGUACCCGUAUCACUACAACAACCCAUACCGCUUCUACAACCGCACGGCCAACCGCACGAACAACAACGAUAACGACAACGAUCGCCGCAGUCUGGUCUACCUGGUGACAAGGCAGGAGCAGGGCGCCAACGAGACGCUGCCCGUUGUGUGCUUGUGUCAGGAAUUUAGCCCGUGUGGAUGCGACGAGAACGAUGACCCGGCGUAUAUCAGCGACCUUGUCGGAAACGGAAGCUAUGCCGCGCUGAAUAAGAGCUUGAUCACCGUCUCAGAUGUUAACAACACCCGCUCGCUCGUCCUCAACGGCACACUGCCCAACGGCACUACGGCAGCAGGAGGAGAAGACGACUCAGCAGCUGCACACUCGAUGGCCAAGUACACUGGCUACUGGGCCAUGGGCCUUGUAGUCUUGUAUGGUGUCAUGUUGUAAAGCGUUGCUUUUCGACAAUACCUUUUUUCCCCUCUUAGUUCACGACUUCACGCUUUCUGAGAUUGUAUUACUAUGAUAUGCAUGUAAUACACGACUGGCGUUUGUUUCCCCGAUGGAGGUUAAGGGGCAGCUUGAGAUGGACAUACUGAUACCCCCCUCGCUGCUUGAUGUUUAGCAUUUUGCAAUAGACUUUUCUGACAGAAUGAAUGGUUUUGACAA